AUGAUCAUGCUGAGAGGUGACAAUGUGUUAGCAGCCCUCGCUCGCUCUCGCCACCUCCUCAGCCUCGACGUCUGCCCUAACCGCGCUCCAGGAGCCUUUCAGCCCACCGCUGCGCUGUGGGGGCCCCUCUCUGGGGCUGGCCAAGGCCAGAGCUGGCUUCCUCUGUUCGUGUGGAGGUGUGGAGGGAGAGGCACAGGUGGGAGCCGGGGCUGCGCGCCGCGCGUGCGGGCAGGCGAGGGUUCCGGGUGGGCAUGGGCUGGGUUUGAUGGAGGGACGAGCUCCCUCUGGGCUGCCAGUGUGCCCGGGCUAGCCCUUAGUCUACAGGGGUCCAUACUGGCAGUAGGAGAGAAGGUCUUCUCCACCAAUGGACGGUCCAUCACUUUUGAUGCCAUUCGGAAGGCAUGCCCCAAAGCAGGCGGCCGCAUUGCUGUCCCAAGUAGUCCAGAGGAAAACGAGGCCAUUGCAAGCUUCGUGAAGAAGUACAACACGUAUGCCUAUGUGGGCCUGACUGAGGGUCCAAGCCCUGGAGACUUCCGCUACUCAGACGGGACCCCUGUAAACUACACCAACUGGUACCCAGGGAAGCCCGCGGGUCGGGGAACAGAGCAAUGUGUGGAGAUGUACACAGACGGGCGGUGGAAUGACAGGACCUGCCUGUACAACCGACUGACAAUCUGUGAGUUCUAA